AUGAUGAUCUUUUCAACCGAAAAAUCCCAUGAUAUUGAACAUGAUGAAAAUUUUGAUCUUCAAGUUCGAUUCUCGCGUACUUUGAAUUUUCUUGUCUUUUGGAUUUUCUGUCUUGAUAAUAUGGCACAGAGGACGCACAAACGUACACGACUAAAUAGCAGCAGCAAUAUAAAUAUCAACACUGCCAACAACUCAAUAAAUCACCUUCCAGUUGUCUUGAAUUCUUCUUCAAUACCUGCACCUGUUAGCCAAACUGAAAACACGUUAGGCCUCGCAACAAAUACCUCUAAGGAACAUUUAAUAUUUUCUUCCAACAAGCCGUUAAUCGGCCUGCAAACUAAUGUGUCUGAAAGUGCUGAGAAGUUGGGUUUAAAACCACCUCCCAAAAAGUUAGUUAUAAGACCUUUAAAAGAAAAACCCAAAUUACCGGAUAACUAUGAAGAGCUUACGUGGGUCAAAUUGCAAAGGGCAAUUAAAGCAAUUCAUACUAGCCAACCUGCAAAUGAUAGCCUCGAAGAGUUGUAUAAAGCUUGUGAAAGUCUUUGUCUUCAUAAAAUGGCAAAUUCUUUAUAUGAAAGACUUAAAAAUGAAAUUGAAGUUCAUAUUAUAAACGAACACGCCAAGCUGCUGAGCAAUCCAGCCGAAAAUGAUAUCUUUCUAUUAUCGAUCAACCAAUUAUGGAAGGAUCAUCAACAACAAAUGGGAUUGAUAAGGAGUAUUUUCUUAUACCUAGAUCGUACAUAUGUUCUUCGAAAUUCAGGAAUAGCAUCAUUAUGGGACAUGGGCAUCGAUUUAUUUCGAAAGCAUAUUAUGUCUCCAACUGGCCCGUUAAGACAAAAGACUCGUGAGGGAUUGAUAACUCUGAUUACAAAGGAAAGGGAUGGUGAAUCCGUUGACCGAAGUCUUCUUCAUUCGCUCAUUCGGAUGCACAUAGAUCUUUCUAUUUAUAACCAAGCUUUUGAGAGUUAUUUCUUGCAAUCUACUCGAGAUUAUUACAAUAAAGAAGCUCAACGUCUAUUAGAAGUGAUGGAGAUUCCUGAAUAUUUGCAACAUGUUCAAAAUCGGCUGGAAAAAGAAAGUGAAAGAAACAGAGCAUAUUUAGACCGUAAAACGAAAAUACAUUUAAUAAAGGCAGUUGAAUCUAUGUUGUUAGAAAAUCAUUUAGAUUUAAUACUGGAAAAAGGUUUUCCGGAGAUGAUGAAUCAUGAACAACACAAAUAUUUGGCUCUACUUUAUGAUCUAUUUCAACAAGUAUCUGCUCUUGACUUGUUACGUACCAGUUUUGGCAUAUAUAUAAAGAAAACUGGAACUGCGAUUGUCACAGAUACUGAGCGUGAUCCUCAUAUGGUUGAAGAUUUAUUGGAUCUUAAAGGAAAAUUGGAUGAAAUAGUUUACAAUUCAUUCCGUAAAAAUCCAAUUUUCCUCAAUACAUUAAAAGAAAGCUUUGAGACUUUUAUUAAUCAACGUCAAAACAAGCCGGCCGAGUUGAUAGCCAAAUACCUGGACGCUAAGUUGAAGGCAAAUAAGGGUAUGAAUGAAGAUGAAAUGGAUCAAAUUAUGGAUGAUGCACUACUCUUGUUUCGAUAUAUUCAAGGGAAGGACAUUUUCGAAGCUUUUUAUAAACGUGACUUGGCAAAACGUCUUCUAUUAAAUAAGAGUGCAUCGAAGGAUGCUGAAAAGAGCAUGUUACUGAGAUUAAAACAAGAAUGUGGAGCAGGAUUCACAAGCAAACUCGAGGGUAUGUUCAAGGAUAUAGAUCUAUCGCGUGAAAUAAUACGGACAUUUAGGACUUCGAAACUUGCAAAGGAAAUUGAGCACACCAAAAUCGAAUUAGAUGUCAAUGUUCUGACGCAAGGAUUUUGGCCUACUUAUCCACCUUCACCCGCAAAUAUACCGCCUUACGUGGACCAUUGCCAAAAAGUAUUUCAAGAGUUUUACCUUACGAAAUACGCUGGUCGCAAUCUCAAAUGGCAGAACUCCCUAGGAAUGGCAAUAUUGUCCGCACAUUUUCCUAAAAAAAAAAAGGAAUUAAUGGUGAGCUGUUUCCAAGCUGUGGUCUUAUUGUUGUUUAAUGAUUUGCCGCUGGGCGAGAAACUUUCUUACCAUGAAAUCAAGGAAUUAACGUCUAUUGGCACGUAUGCUGAAUUGUUCUUAUUUUUCCCUAUUCAUGAGCUUGAGCGUACACUUCAAUCUCUUGCCUGUGGCAAAGCUAAAGUUAUUAACAAGCAUCCAAUAGGACGUGACAUUAGCACCACGGAUGAAUUUUACUUUAACGAAGAUUUUGAACAUAAAUUGACUAGAAUUAAGAUAAAUUCCAUUCAAUUAAAAGAAACGUCGGAAGAAAAUUUGAUGACAACAGAACGAGUAUUUCUUGACCGGCAAUACCAAGUAGACGCUGCUCUUGUAGCAGACAUCAAAAAGCGAAUCGAGUCAUUAAUUGAUCGCGAGUAUUUAGAAAGAGACAAAGAAGAUUCAACCAAAUUAAUUUACUUGGCAUAA